GGGGCGCAAAGCCAGUCAGAGCUCGAGCCAUGGAUGCCGGGUGGCUUCUUCUUCUGGCCGCCUUCCUAGGGCUCCUGCUUCUCCUGGCACGGGGUCCCGCUGAUUCCCGGAGAGGCCGCCUCCCCCCAGGGCCGCGACCCUUGCCUUUACUGGGCAACUUGCUGCAGAUGGAUCGUCAUGGCCUCCUGAAAUCCUUUCUGGCGUUUCGGGACAAGUACGGGGAUGUGUUUACCAUCUACCUGGGCUCCCGACCUGUGGUUGUGCUAUGUGGGCCUGAGGCUGUGAAGGAGGCCCUGGUGGAGAAGGCUGAGGAGUUCAGUGGCCGAGGACCAGUUGCCAUGGUUCAUUCAAUCUUUCAGGGGCAUGGGGUUGUCUUUGCCAAUGGUGAUACAUGGAAGACCUUGCGUCGAUUCUCCCUGGCCACUCUUCGGGAUUUUGGAAUGGGGAAGAGAAGCAUUGAAGAACGGAUUCAAGAGGAGGCCCAGUGCUUGGUUGAGGAGCUCCGGAGUUCCCAGGGAGCCCUGCUGGACCCCACCUUCCUCUACCACUCCAUUACGGCCAACAUCAUCUGCUCUAUUGUGUUUGGUGAACGCUUCUCAUAUCAUGAUGACCAGUUCCAGAUGCUGUUGGAAAAGCUCAAUGAUACAUUUGCCCUUGCAAGCUCUGCCUGGGGCCAGCUGUUUGAGCUGUUCUCAGGUUUCCUGAAAUUCUUUCCUGGUCCCCAUCGGCGGGCCCACAACAAUCUGACAUUGGUCAAUACCUACAUUGCUGCCAACGUGGAGAAGCACAAAGAGAGCCUGGACCCUGAUGCCCCCCGAGACUUCAUUGAUGUCUACCUGCUCCGUAUGGAGAAGGAAAAGGGAGUUGCUAGCACUGAGUUCCACUACAAAAACCUCAUCCUCACUGUCUUGUCACUGUUCUUUGCGGGCACUGAGACAACGAGCACCACCUUGCGUUAUGGCUGCCUCCUGCUUCUCAAAUACCCCUGGGUGGCAGAGAAAGUCCAGGAGGAGAUUGACCAGGUCAUUGGGAAGGACCGUCCUCCAGAACUCAAGGAUCGAGCCAAAAUGCCCUACACAGAUGCUGUGAUCCACGAGGUCCAGAGAUUCAGUGACCUCCUCCCUCUGAGUGUGCCCCAUUGUGUGACACAGGACACCUCCUUCAGGGGCUACUUCAUUCCCAAGGGCACUGAAGUGUACCCUCUCCUGAGCACAGUGUUGCAUGAUCCCAGGUACUUUAAGAAACCUGAUGCUUUUGACCCAAACCAUUUCUUGGAUGCUCAGGGAUGUUUGAAGAAGAGUGAGGCCUUUAUUCCCUUCUCUUCAGGGAAGCGAGUGUGCUUGGGAGAGGGCAUUGCCCGGAUGGAGCUUUUCCUCUUCUUCACCACCAUCCUGCAGAACUUUUCCCUGAGCUCCUCCAUGGCUCCUGAAGACAUUGACCUGACUCCCAGGGAGAGUGGAAUUGGCAAUGUGCCUCCCAUCUACCAGCUUCGUUUCCUCCCCCGCUGAAGGGAGCCAAGGCCAAGGUCAAGUCCAGGGAAAGCAGGCACUGGGCCAAUCUCCCUAUUGUCACCAAACAUAGUAUGCCACAGGUCAACCAGGCUGAGCAGAGACUGGAGAGGACAUAGCACCUUUUACCACCCUCAGAUGAAAGAAACUUGAGCCAAGAUGGGAUUAGAACUACCUUUGGUUUCUUCAUUGAUAAAAUGAAUGGGUUGCCUCCAAGGUCCCUUCCAAAUCUAGAGGAGAUGUUCUUAGUAAGUGACCCAAACUUCCUCUUACCCCGAAUAUUCCCCCUGUAUUCUAACCUCCUUCUUACCUGCUGCAUAUUCAGCCUAUCCCAUAAAAGGAGUCAGAAGCACCCUUCCUGCUCUUGGGUCUCAACUGGUUGAUCAUGAAUCCCUUGUCCCGGGAGAGGGGAAUCAAACCAUAUGAUGGCAAAGAAAUGGAGUGUUGGGUUUGGAGUCAGCAGACCUGGCUUUAAAUCCUUCCUGUGACCCUGACUUACUGGGCCUUGCAAACAGGGAGAAAGAAGUCCCUUCAAUUUCUGCACCUCAGCAAAAGGAAGAUAAUAAUAUCAUUGGUACCAAUCUCAUGGGGAUGUUCUGAAACUCAACUGUGAUUAUGCAUGAAAAGUAUCAUGAAUUUUUCUUGGUGGGUUCUUUGACUUUGUGGCUGGAGGCAACACCUGAUAUGGUCCUCAAGUCUGCAGGUACUUUCAGUUUCAAAUGGUCUCAGGGAAGUGCAGGAGCAAUUAGCUACAGCAACUUGUCUAGGGUGAUCCUGCCAGGGUGGUCAGAGAUGGGUUUUGAGACCAGAGUCUUUGAGGCCAUCUCUGUAAUCAUUCACUAGUUAGUCUAUCAGAGUGUUUUGUAAACAUCAGAUUCCAGCAUUCUGAGUCAGAAGGGGCCUUGCAAAGUAGAAUGCUGAAGGGUUUUCUGUUCAUUGGGAGUGGGGGAAGUCCCUUCAGAAAUGAACAAGUCCACUCUACUCACUUGAUUUUGAUUCACUUCUUCACUUUAAAAAGUGAUCAUUAAGCACCUACUGUAUGCAGAACACUAUGCUAGGCACUGGACCUACAAAGAUGAUUCUUCAUUUCUACAUUGUACUCUUCAAAUAAAACAUUUAAAAUUGUAA